CGGGGAAACGGCGGCAGCGGUAGCGGCAACGGCAUGGCAGCGCGGCGGGCGUGAGCCCGGCCCCGGCUCGCAGGAGCAGGAGGUGGCUUGGGAGAUGCCUCUGAAGGAGCUGCUGCUGGUUCUGUAAUUGCUGGUGGCUGCUGCUUGGCUCGCUGGAAACCUUGUCCCUGCAGAUAGGCCACCUCCAGUCUCAUUGCCUGAAGGCCAAGACUGUGGCAGCCAACAUGGAUUUUCUCUUCAUCUGCCCCUUUCUGCUGGCGCUGCUGCUGUCCUGGGGCAGCUUUGCGGAGCUGGAAAAGCAGAGGGUGGACUCUGGCUUGGAAAUCUAUAAGAAGCUGUUUGAGGUGAAGCGCAAGGACCAGAUGAAUGCACUGAAGAACCUGAUAGAGCUCAAUGACGUCAACCAGCAGUACAAAAUUAUUGACAUCAUGCUCAAGGGACUCUUCAAAGUGCUGGAGGACUCCCGGGCUGUGCUCAUCGCUGCCGACGUGCCUCCCGAUGGGCCUUUCCCUCAAGACGAGAAGAUAAAGGAUGCGUACUCCCACGUGGUGGAGAACACUGCCUUCUUCGGGGAUGUCGUCCUGCGCUUCCCCAAGAUUGUGCACCACUACUUCGACCGUAACUCCAACUGGAACAGCCUCAUCCGCUGGGGCAUCGGCUUCUGCAACCUGACGGGCGUCUUUGAGCAGGGACCCCACUCCCAGGUCCUGGGACUGAUGGCUCAGGAGCUGGGAAUCAGCGAGAAGUCACCCGAUUACCGCAAUCCCUUUAAAACGGACCACUCCGAGUUCUUCCCCAGUGCCGACACCUUCCAGAAGGCGCUGCGGGAGGAGGAGAAGCGGAGGAAGAAGGAGGAGAAGCGGAAGGAGAUCCGCAAGGGCCCGCGCAUCUCCCGCUCGCAGUCGGAGCUGUAGCGAGCGGGGCCUCGUGCGUCGCGGUGGGGCCGGGGCCUGUGCCACCAGGACAUGGAGCCCCUCACUCUCUCUGGGGGCCUCGGGCCACCACCCCGCUGGGCCACGGAGCCCCUCACUCUCUCUGGGGGCCUCGGGUCACCACCCCACCAGGACACAGAGCCACUCGCUCUCUCUGGGGGCCUUGGGCCACCACCCCACUGGGACAUGGAGCCCCUCACUCUCUCUGGGUGCCUCGGGACACCGUGCUGCCGGGACAUGGAGCCCCUUGCUCUCUCUGGGGGCCUCAGGCCACCACCCCGCCAGGACAUGGAGCCACUCUCUCUGGGGGCCUUGGGCCACCACCCUGCUGGGGCAUGGAGCCCCUCGCUGUCUCUGGGGGCCUCAGGCCACCACCCCCGCCAGGACACGGAGCCCCUCACUCUCUCUGGGGACCUUGGGCCACCACCCCGCUGGGGCAUGGAGCCCCUCGCUCUCUCUGGGGGCCUCGGGCCACCACCCCACCGGGACACAGAGCCCCUCACUCUCUCUGAGGGCCUUGGGCCACCACUCCACUGGGACACGGAGCCCCUCGCUGUCUCUGGGGGCCUCAGGCCACCACCCUGCCAGGACGUGGAGCCCCUCACUCUCUCUGGGGGCCUUGGGCCACCACCCCGCUGGGGCAUGGAGCCCCUCGCUCUCUCUGGGGGCCUCGGGCCACCACCCUGCUGAGACACAGAGCCCCUCGCUCUCUCUGGGGGCCUCGGGUCACCACCCCGCCAGGACACAGAGCCCCUCGCUCUCUCUGGGGGCCUCGGGUCACCACCCCGCCAGGACACAGAGCCCCUCGCUCUCUCUGGGGGCCUCAGGCCACCACUCCGCCGUCCCCUUUCCGUUAGUGCCAUGGGUUUUGUUUCGUUGCCUUUCCCUUUCGUUCGGCGGGGGCCGGGUGGCAGUGCUGGCAGGUUGCCUCAGCAGGGCCUGGGGCAGCUGAAGCGGGGUACCCCUUCCCCAGAGCCAAGGCCCAGCCGGGCAGGUAGUGCAGCCGUCACGGGGGCUGGCCGGGCCGCUGCCACCCGCGGGUUGGGGGAGUGAGGGGGACUGGCUCUGCCUGAGCCCCAUGAAGAGCCCUCCCCUCCACAGCACAAGGUGCCCCGUGCUGAACGUGCCUCCUGUGCCGUGGGCAGGCUGGGGAGCGCGUCACACCGAACAGCCUCACGAGCAAUGCUGCUUCUCUCCAUUGUGGGACUUUUUUUUUCCCCCUUUUCAAGCCAGUGAUCUCACUGGCAGCCCUUCACCUGGUUGCACCAGGUCUCUGCCCUGCCGCUACCUCUGCCCUCUUCCCAGCGGCGCUUUUACUGAGCAACAUGUGUUUCAUCUGUCAGCUGUAAGGCCAGUGGUGCCAGGUCCCUGCUCACGGGCAUCCCACUCUGCCUGGCGGCUGCUGCAGGGAUUUUGGGAAGGAGGGAUUUGAGGUCUCAGCCCUCUUUGCAGCCACUGCGUGCUCGUAGUGCAAACACGGUUGAUGCUGAAGGUGCUGGGGAACCUCCGGGAGCCUGCCCUGCACCCCCUGCUCUGCCCACACCCCUCAGCUGCGGUGCUGAUCCUCUCUGACUUAGUCUCCCAAAGCCCUUUCAGAGGAGAGCCAGCAGCCAGCACGUGGGGGCAGAAGGGCUGAAUCAGCUGCUGGGUUGCGACCCUGUGUGUGGUGUCCGGGCUGCAGGGGGAGCAGAGAGGAAGGGCUGGCCGCGGGUGCCGGCACAGACACCGUGCCUUGGCUCGCUGCUGCCGAUGAACUCGCACCGUGGAAGGAAGGGGGGGAGGAGGGCGGCUCUUACAGAGGGCCCGCCCCUGGGAAGCGGGAGCUCGGCGCCGGGCAGGGCUUGCGGGAAAGGGGGAACGCGAACGUGUAACGGCGCAGCCGGGUCCGUCCGGCGGAGGCGGUGGCAACGCGCGCGCGGGUUGUUUUUCUGGAAUAAAAUCUACUUUUUGGUUUGG